AUGGCGUCUUGCGGUGGCCUUGUGUCUAUAGUCUUAUUGGCAAUCUUUGUCAUUCAAGUAAUCGAAUUCGGUCAUUCCAAUGCUUCGACCAAUGUAAGCUGUAUUGGUGUAGAAAGGGAAGCUCUUCUGAAGUUCAAGCAUGGUCUCACUGAUCCUUCGAGACGCCUGUCAUCGUGGGUUGGAGAGGAAUGCUGCAAGUGGGAAGGGGUCGAAUGCAACGAGAAGACUGGUCAUGUCUUGAAGCUCGAUCUUCAUAAUCCAUAUACUGGAGAGAUUUAUAUUGACAACUUCAUACCUUCAAGUAAGUGCAGGCUGGGAGGUAACAUAGCUCCUUCCUUAACUAAACUAAAGUAUUUGAAGUAUUUGGACCUCAGUGUCAAUAACUUUGCAACCCAGAAAAUCCCAAUGUUCUUUGCUUCUCUUCAGAAACUAGAGUAUCUUAACCUCUCAUAUGCAAGGUUCGACGGACAUAUUCCUAGGCAGCUCAAUAACCUUUCCAAAUUAGAGUACUUAGAUCUUAGUAGUGACUCUGAUCUGGGUUAUUUAACCUCAAACGACCUUGAUUGGGUGUCGAAAUUAUCUUCCUUGAAAUACUUGCACAUGUCUGGUGUUGGCCUUUCGAAGGCCAAAGAUUGGUUCGGUUCCAUUAACAUGCUUUCAUCUUUGCAAUCUUUAGGAUUGAGCAAUUGUCAAUUGCAAGUUAUUCCUAGCACUUUGCAGGCCAAUUUCACCUCUCUUAGAUUUCCUGAUAUUAGUUCCAAUUAUAUAGAUUCUUCUAUCCCGCCAUGGAUCUACAACUUGAGCAAGCUAGAACAUAUUGAUUUGUCUACCGCCUUUCUUAAUGAAGGCCGUCUUCCCACGGCAAUCAUUGAGAAUAAUCAAAGGAUUGCCUUGUUUGACAUGUCUUGGACUUUCCUACUAGGUGAAUUUUCAAAAAACUUGAGCAGUCUUUGCAAAUUGCAAGUGGUACGAUUAAGAGGUAACAACUUCAAUGGAAAUAUCUCCAUCAUCUCAAAUGGUCGUCUCGGUUGUGUACAAAGUAAGUGGAAGAUCUUUGAUGUUUCUGAGAAUCACUUUGGUGGUGACCUACCAAAUCAAUUUGGAGAUUUUAGAGAACUAGAACACCUUGAUCUUUCAUUCAACUCGAUUUCUGGUUCUAUUCCUGCCAAUUUGGUGGAGCUAUCAUCUCUAAGAGAGUUGUAUCUAAGCGAUAACAAAUUAAGCGGGACCAUUCCAGAGAGUAUUGGGCGACUAUCAAAUCUAAAGAUCAAUCGACCCGUGACAAGUGGUAUCAGAGCAACGAUAGGCAAAGGAGCGACGGAACCACGAUCCGAUGUAUCGUCCCAAACUGAGAAAGGUGGAGGCGAUGAUCGUGGGAGGGCUCCCGAGAAGCAAGGCGCCAAGGCGAAGAAGGACCGUGCUAGCUCAAGUUCAAGAGAUAUGGUUGGUGAUUUAGAGACCCGCAUGGCGAAGGUGGAGAUCGCCAUGGCAGACGUCCAAGGAAUGGUCGAGGAUAUGUCCGCACGCAUCGAAGGAGGUGAGACUGGAACGGGGGAACUUGAGGCCGAGGUGCUGGAGCUCAAAUCCGAGUUCGGAGAACUCCGAGGGGAGAUGCUGGGCAACUUGACCGACACCACCAAUGAACUUCAGCAACGGGACAAUGCCUUGGAAGCCUUGGUGGAGGUUAUGCACGCAGAGACGGCCGAACUUAAGGCGAAAGUUGCCGAAAUGGAAGGAGCACGCGUGAACGAGGUGAUCACCGUGUAA